GGAAGUGCCGGCCACACAGCGGAGAGGAGCAUGCCGGGUAAUAUGGAGUGUCAGAGGACGCCCGGGGAUCACUGAUAUCCAUGUGUGAGGAACAGGUUACAUGGAGUUAAGAAUUGAGGGUUUAUCAUCAUGAUGCAGAUACUGGCUAAAUUGGCGCUCCGUUCUCUGGCUCCAGGAUGUCCCUUACAUGUCCAGGCUGCAUACAGACAAAUCUCUGUUCUUCACCGUCAGACACAUUUAAAGCACUGCCUUGUAUUAUGUCCACAGGGGAUACAUUUAAGGACUAUAAAUUAUUCUGAUAAUAAGAAAGCUGGCAAUGAACAACAAGAGGAAGAAGUACAUUUCGGGAGAUUGUCAGAAAGGUAUUCUGUAAAAACGUCUUUUAGAAAAUCCUCCUCGGACAUUCAGAACUUGCAGUAUGAGGAGGAUAAAGAAGACGAAGGAGAGACAAUGAGAACUCAGAAGAAGUACACAAGAAAAACAAAUACCCCAUACUGGUACUUCUUAAAGUGCAAGUCCAAAAUCAAAGAAGGCAAGUUGGCAGAAGCCCUGGAGCUCUUUGAAGUACAGAUGUUACAAGAGGAGCGGUUACAACCUGAAGAAUAUAACUACACUAUACUGAUUGGAGGAUGUGGGAGAGUUGGAUAUGUUAAAAAAGCAUUUCAGUUGUAUUCAAAUAUGAAGAAGAGAGGUUUGACUCCCACUGAUGCCACCUAUACGGCUCUUUUUAAUGCAUGUGCUGAAUCACCAUGGAAGGACUCAGGUCUACAGUAUGCGGUUAAACUGCGAAAGGAACUUUUGGAUAAAAAUAUUCAGAUUAAUCCAAUUACAUAUCGAAGUUUACUGAAAUCCUACUCGGUGUGCUCUGGAUUGCAAAGCGGCUUGGAAAUUUUUCAGGAAAUUGUACAGAAAUGUGGCAUUAGAAGUCCUGACGCUUUCAAUAUCCUCUUUAUGGCCUGUGUAAAGGAUGAACAGCUGGGGUUCCGUUUCUCUUUACAGGUAUGGAGACAAAUGCUGCACUUGGGUAUAAAACCAGAUAUUUACACCUAUAACUUGAUUCUUCGUGCCACCAGAGACUGUGGCAUUGGAAAGCCGAAUGAAGUGAUAAAUAUACUGCAAAAUUCCAAGGAUUUGAACAUGUUGAGUUUAAGCGCAGGAAACUUCCAGGAAGACGAGACAACCAGGGGAACCAAAACAAAACAAGAAUCGAAUAAAGACUUUUUACAUGCACGGCUACCUCUGCACAAUGGUUCAAGGGAUGAUCGGAGUACUGUAACGGACGUGUCUUCUACAGGGGGUCAGAGAGAUGUGGAAAACACAUCUCCGGUUGCCAUCAAGCCAUCUUUUUCUGCCAGUAACGUGCCAAACCUUUUAGAUCUUCACCUAAAUACUGAUUCAGUAGUAUCACUGACGAAUGUCGGUAACUCAUAUGAUAGAUUUGCCCUGAUUGGUGACCUGGAGGGUUUUAUUCAGAAGAUGAAGGAAAACAAGGUCAGCCCUUCAAUAAAAACAUUCACACUAAUUGCUGAAGUGAUGAAACCAGACCUGCAGUCAGAAGCUACCCUUGUUGCCCUCAUGGAUUCAUUCAAAAUAAAACCCGAUUUGACUUUUUUUAAUACGCUGAUAUUAAAGAGGAGUGAAACUAUGGACCUGAAAUCGGCAAUGGAAUUGUUGCCAGUUUUAGCACAAAGAGGAAUUGCACCAAACAUCCACACGUUCUGCAAUCUAGCAAAGGCCUGCCGUAAGAAGGAAGAUGGGCUACAGCUGCUUCAAGACAUGGCGAUUGCUGGUUUCCAACCCAAUAACCAUGUAUACAGCACCUUGAUCAAUGUCGCCAUAAAGAGAUUGGAUUACAUCUACCUAACUGAUAUCUUGCGGGACAUGAAAUGCAGGAAAGUGGCCCCUAAUGAAGUCGUGAUACGCCAGCUGGAGUUUGCAGCCCAGUACCCACCAAAGUUUGACAGAUACCAGAAAAAGAAUGUGUUCUUAGAGAAGAUUGAUGGCUUCCGCGGUUACUACAACCGUUGGCUGGAAUGGAUGGAUGCAGAAGAAACUGAACACCCUUGGAAGAAGUAUCGAACCAAACCAGAAAAUGGCUAACAUUACUAAAAAUACCCAACUACUGCAAAUAGAUGGCAUUUAAGAAAUGAUUACAAAUUUAGUGGUUUCACUGGAGGCAUUGCCAGUUUAUUGAAUGUUAAAAACCCUUAUUUGUUUAAAUUAAAAGUUUUUUAUUUUCACAAGUA